AUGCAGGCAUGGCACAGGUAGGGGCAGUGCAGAAGCAUUGGAGAGCCACUUUGGAAAGAGUAUAGAGGUUUAUUUCAGACACCUACUUCACAGAUGUCAACCUCAGAGGAAGGCAAGCCUCUACAUAGCAUAGAAUCUUAUUUGUACACGCUAAGUAUUUCAUUUCCUAGACUGUACUCUGUAAGGCUCCCCCUACCAAGUGUCCGCUGGUACAAUGCCGGCCAACAGUGGAUCAGUUUUCAAGCUGCUCAGCAAGCCCUCAGCUCCACUGCUGAAGUUGCUACCAAAAAUGUGUCACUUGGACCAACUUGGAGUACCCAUUGGUUCAGUGUGGAA